CAUAGCCGCUUCUUUCUCAGCUCGGAAGUUCGUUACAGACGGCGAUUCAUCGAAACAGAAUCUCGCCGGAGCAAUCGCACUUGAAUCUUUCUUUCUGCUCUUCGGUGAAAGAGAAGAUGAAGAUCUUUGUCAAAACGCUGAAGGGGGAUCGCUUCGAGAUCGAAGUCAACCUCGAGGAUUCGGUUGUUGAUGUGAAGAAGAACAUAGAGACGGUGAUGGGAGUUACCGCUGAAGAACAAAUGCUUAUUCACAAAGGGAAAGUGCUUAAAGAUGAAACAACAUUAGAGGCUAGCAACGUUUCCGAGAAAAGCAUUAUUGGCGUUAUAAAGAGAAAAGCUGCAUCUACCGCAACGUCUACCUCAACUGAGACUCCUACUGAAGGUGCCUCGGCUGGUGCAUCAUAUGUGGCCAGUGAAAGAGUUUCAGAGAGUAGCAUUCAGAAGAUUCUUGGGAUGGUCGGAGAAGGCUGGGAUCGUUACAUGGUUACCUCUGCACUCUGUUUGGCAGAUGAUGACGUUAAUAAAGCCUUGGAAUAUCUUUACUUUGAGCUCCCGAGGCAGAUUGAAGAUCAUUACAUAGCUGAGGGCGCACAGGAUCAAACUCAAGAAUAUGAAAAUCCUACAGAAGAAGACGAGCUACGGUUUUUUGAUUACCUCAACGGCAGUCCAGAGCAAGAGUAUCUACGAGCUUUGGCGCGAUCAGACCCUGGUAUCGUAAAGGACUUUGUAGAGAUGCUAGAGGAGCAAGAUCCGCCAAUUUUUGUGUUGAUUCAAGACAACAAAGCUCUCUUCUUACGCUCACUACUUGAAGUUCAAGGAGGAGCAUGUGGCAACGAAAUGGAGCAGCCUCAUGAACACCAAGCAGUCCAGACCAGCGAACCAAACAAUGGAGAAGAUGGUGACAACCAAGUGGGAGGAGAGUCUGAGGAAACCAAAGUUGAGGAACUCCAAGCAGACCAAACAAACAAACCAAACAACGGAGUAGAUGGUGGCAACCAAGUGGUGGGAGAGUCUGAGGAAACCAAAGUUGAAGUCGCCAACCCUGAGGAUAAUGAAUUGAUCGAACAGCUGGAAGCACUGGGAUUUGAGAGAGGUGAUGCAGAGGUGGCGUACUUCGCCUGCAACAAGAACGUACAAGAGGCUGCGAACAAUCUUCUCGGUCACAAGCACGAGUCUCAAGAAUAACACCACUAAACCAUGAGUUUCUUUCUUGGCUCGUAGUGGUUGCAUAUCUUUUUCUAUCGAGAACCAAAUGUCUUGUUCUGUAACGUGGUUUCUUUUGCUCUGGUUACACAGUUGGGAUGAUUGACGUGUAUAUACUACAUUUCGCUUAAAACAUCAUUUUUUUGUAUACAAAACAAAAAGUUAGAACA